AAAUCAGAAGAGGGACUGUGAGGGGGUAGGAAGGAGGCCAAGGACCAAGGCAGGGGUGGUGACCAGAGGAGGGGUGGUAACCAACAUGCAGCCAGCGUUCACAGCCCUCUUCAUGCUGUUCUUUGUCCUGCUGUGUCUCCUGGGCAUCCUGGCCAAUGGCUUCAUUGUGCUGGUGCUGGGCAGAGAGUGGAGGCGGCUUGGGAGGCUGCCCCCCUCUGACAUGAUCCUCAUGAGCUUGGGGGCCUCCCGUUUCGGCCUGCAGUGGGUUGGAGUGGUGCACAACUUCUACACCUUCCUCCGCCUGGGGGAGUUCAGCGCGGGCCCGGCUCGGCAGCUCUUCGGCCUCCAGUGGGACUUUCUGAACUCGGCCACCUUCUGGUUUGGCACCUGGCUCAGCGUCCUGUUCUGCAUGAAGAUCGCUACCCUCACCCACCCCGCCUUCCUCUGGCUGAAGUGGAGGUUCCCAGGGUCGGUGCCCUGGCUCCUGCUGGGCUCUCUCCUCAUCUCCACCGUCGUCACCCUGCUCUUCUUUUGGGGCAACCACACUGUGUAUCGAGGUUUCUUGUUUAGAGAGUUCUUUGGGAAUAUGACCUACAAGGAGUGGACCAUGAGGAUGGAAACCCACUAUUUCCUGCCCCUGAAAUUUGUCACCUUGUCGAUUCCUUGCUCGGUUUUUCUGGUCGCCACUGUGCUGUUGAUUAGCUCUCUGAGGAGACACACUCGGACGAUGCGGCAGAUUGGCCACAGCCCGCGGGACCCCAGCACCCUGGCUCACACCAAAGCCCUGAAGUCGCUCGUCUCCUUCCUUAUCCUGUACGUUCUGUCCUUCAUGUCCCUGAUCAUCGAUGCCACGGGCUUCUUCUCCACAGACACCGACUGGUACUGGCCGUGGCAAAUUUUAACCUACCUGUGCACAUCUGUCCAUCCCUUUAUUGUCAUCCUCAGCAACCUCAGGCUUCGAGGGGUGGUCAGGCAGCUGCUCCUGUUGGCCAGGGGCUUCUGGGUGGCCUAG